GUUACACAUAACUCAACUCACCAACCGGCGCGACGAGACGGUUUCAUUUCAUCCCAACACCACAUAUCCAAUCGUGCAACGCCAAUUACGAUGCUGUUGUGUAUGCCGACUAUAAAUUGACAUUCGUAAUCCAGAGCAAAGCCAGGAGUUCAUCCCAAUCAAAGCUAUGGCGGCAUCCCGCCGCGGCCAGCCGGAGCUGCAAGUCCGGCUUCCUUCCACCUCUAACAUCGCGACAGCCGCUACCUUACCCGAUUUACCUCCCAUAUCCGCCCUAUUCCUGAUCAACUUCGAUGUGAAGGCCGGGUAUACCAUCUCGUGGAAGGCUGCCAAGCCCGGUGUCGAGCUAGAGGGCGUCGUCGAAUACAAGUCCCUUCCGUCCGGGCUGCAUACCGUAUCCGAGGACCUAAUAUACUUCGUACACGAUGGAUAUGCGGGGUUGAGCGCGUUCGUCAAUGCGCCCGUUGAGGAUAGUGAAGUGCGCAAUGCUAGGAUGCUUGCUGUGGGAGUGCUAGUUCCCUUGAGCUAUGGUCGAUUGGGAAGAGCUUGGAGACAUGCUGAGGGUCUGAAAGCGAUAGCAUCGGCACUUGCUACAGAUAACAAGAACACAGGCUUGUUGGAAGAGUACUGGAAAAAGACCCAGGCUGAUCAAGAGUCGGCUGUUCCAAGCGAAUCCAUCGAGUCUCCUACAGUCACUUUCCAAACUCCCUCGAAGCCGUCCAAAGGCCACUUUAGGAAUCGUUCGGCCUCUGAUGGAGCAGCUUUACUCGCGCCUGGCCAUAGACUGUCACCAUUCCAUCCUGCUUGGAGUCUAAUGAAGUUGUUAGAUACAUUCGGGCCGCUAAUCUUUCCAAUACAGCGCGCUGCGUUGCUGCGCAAGCGCAUUCUAAUAUCAUGCCACGCACCUGUUCAGGAAGCCUGCAAUUUUGUUUACGAUAUAUCUAUUCUAUCAAAUAUACCCCAACCAACCUUCGACCUCUUAUCCUCCAACGCACCCCCACAUCGACUACGACCUCUCUUCUCCAUCGGCGUCCACGACAUCCCCUUCUUAGUCGAAGACUCCAAGUCCAAACCUAGUUCAGAUAACCCCUCCGAUAUCGAGGCCGAGGCGGGGACGGGCUGGAUCGCAUGCACAACCGACAGCAUCCUCGCUAAGAAAGACACGCUGUGGGACGUCCUCGUCACUAUGCCAGCCCCCUACUCUUCCAACGCGAAAACCCAUAUCUGGCCCAAGAUCGAAGGCCCUCAAGGCCUCUCCAUCAAAGCUACCCAGCGCGACCUACGUCGUUUCCGGUCCCUCAAAGCCGGGCUCGCCCGCCUCCAGGCCACCAGCCCCAGCACCUCGCCCACGACCCCGGGAACCGCAGCCGCGGCUCAAGAAGCAGGCGACCCGUUCCUCGACGAGUCCGAAGAAAGAGAGGUCGUUGAGCCGCUAAGCUGGACUGCGCUCGCGUAUAACGGGUUCAUGUGGUGGGCGUCGGCCGGCGAACAAGCGCGCGCAGAAAGAGGCGAGGAGAGCGCCCGCGAAGCAGAACUACUGGCAGACCUAUCAUCAACGCGGAUGGAAGGCCCGCGCGCGUCAACAGACCUCUCUACAUCCAUCGCCUCGCUAACCCCACGCCGCGCCACCUCCGACCCCGACGAGGCCCGCGCCGAACUCGCGCUUAUCACCUAUUUCCACAGACUUACUACCCUGGUUCUAGGCACAUUAGCCGAUAUCGUCGAGAGCACCAGCGACGAUGAUGACGACGAGGUGGAAGGGGAAGAUGGUAGUGACGAUGCGGCGUUGCUGACGCCGGAUUCGGGCGAGGAGGAGAUGGACGCUCGUGGGAUACGUAUCGAGAGCGAUGCUGUGGCGCGCAUGGGCCUCGAUGUCUGGAGUGCCGCUGACGCGGAGUUUGUUCGCGCGGCUGUGAAGAUGUAUUUUGGUCGUAGGGCGUAUGUUGAGGGGAAGGGUGUUGAGGUUUGUGGUGUUAGGGUUUGUUGAGGUGGUUUGUUUGUUUAUUUGAAUUGGUGUGAGUCGGGGACGACGAGGAAGGGGUUAGGUGGAAGGAGAAGGGAGAGAGCCAGGGAUAGGGGGAAGCUCUAUUUAUUGUAUAAUAUCAAACUUUUCUUGCGAAGGUCGGAAUAGGACGUAUGGCAAGGUUAAUGGAGAGAGAGAGGGCGAAUAUGGGGCGUUUUUUAUAUUUUCUCCCAGCGUAUUUGUGUGUAUACCGCAUUGGUAUUGUAUGGUAUGGUAUGGUAUCUUCGUAUAAAGACCGGAAACGUAUUAUAUGAAUAACUACUACAUAUAACUAUUAGUUAAAAUAUUGUUUUGGACAA